GCGCAUGCCGUUGACGGGUACUUUGUGAUGGAAUGAGUGAGCGUCCUGGAGCUCUUUGAAAAACUUCUCCUUAGCAUUACAGCUAACCGCUAGCAUGGGCGUGUUGGUCUGUUCAGCCUCAAGACCAUUGGCUAGCAACGGGCAUGAAAAUGAGUGAUUGACAGGCUUUCAAAUGGCUGCUAGGACAUUGGUAGAGCUUGGGUUACGAGGAGGAGGUGUCCUUGGUGAGAUGAGCUGGAAGCUGCACCUUUGUGCUCCUCUCGAAGAGUUGGAUGGAAAGAGAAGAUGUGAGCUGGAGAAGCCAGGCUUCUUCCCUCGGCGAUGCAGGGAAAAGAGGCUCGGGGGGAAAAGUUAAAAAAGGGAGGUAAUACCUCCAAGUUAAUCGAUGCUGCCCGGAUUCUGGUAAGUUCUUCACUACCUGUAGCCUGCUGACUCUUCACACUAGCUACAUAUCCCGGUUGAAUGAAUGUAUAAUAGUACAUUUUAUUUGUAUAGCACUUUUAAAAGGUACUCAAAGGCACUUUGCAUGGUAAAAACACUGACAGUAAAAACAAUAACAACAAGGUAACAUUAUAGCAGUUAAAAGACACUUAUUACAUAAAUAAAUCACAGAUUAAAAGCAAAAUAAAAAAGGUAUAGAUUAACUUUAGAUGUCUUGGUGAAGUGCAAUAUUUCUUGUACGGAAACACUGUAAAUACAAAGAAGUAAGAAAUUCAGGUGACAUAUAUGUCAAACAUUCAUGCUCAAAUCGUACAAUACAACAUAUAAAAUUGUUAGUCAUUGUUUUUUCUACCCUCCCAGGGUCAUAGCCCCAUUUCUUACUAAAUUUACUGCCCAGAAAAUUGGCACAAAAACUUCAAAUAUCUCACUUUGAUAGUUCAAAGGCCACACUGUAUGACCACUAGACCAGAAUUUUGGAAAAAUAGUAAACAGGGAGUAAUACAUUUUUUAUGUCUCUCUCUGAUUUCCAUCAAACUAAACUUUGUACUAUAAUAGCAAGGAUGUCUGUAAAGUUUAAAAUCAUUUUGCUUUGCUAAUCUGACAAAAUUUGGAUACCUCCAAAACUUGUUUUUCCUACUCCUUCUAAGCAAACUUGACUCUCAAUGAACUUUGUUUGGCAUCUUUUUAAUACUAUAAGGUGGACAGGUUAUAGGCCAUACUGUUUGACCAGAUCAGGGCCAUGGUCAAUUGGCACAAUAAGGAUAUGGAGCUACUGACAAUAUAAUGCUUUUUGUUUUUAAUAGUUAAUCCAUGUUCCCGAUUUGUUUUCAGGUUCACAAAUUCAAGAUGGCAGGGUUGCACCCUGUUCUUCUUUUUGGAACAAAGAAGAAGGACUGUGUGUCCUGUGACAUGGAGUGCUUUCUUCUUCUCUGUUCGGUUUAUUGGCAGGGGGCAACCAGAGUAGAUCAAAGACGUUUGGCAACCUAACUAUCAAAUCUCAAAGAAAGCAUUUGAUAAAAAGGAAUCCUUAUAAAUAGGAUGCAAUACAUCUUUGAUCUGUUUUGGUCGAUAGACGAAGUGAAUGUGACAAGUCUUCACUUGUCACAUGUCACAUGUGGAACACAUCCAACCACUGAUGGAAGAACAUGCUAUUACAUUAUAGGGGGGAAGAUGAGGUACAGCUUCCUGAACACAUCUUCAUUGCCCCUUCAACCAUGUGGUCAGUCCCAGGACUACAUCGGUUACCUCUCCUCACCCUUCUCUGACUACCUGGUGCUGUCUAUUAUGGGAGAAGGCACCUAUGGAAAAGUAGUCAAGUGUGUGAAGACAGCCACUGGUGAAAUGGUGGCUGUCAAGAUAAUGAAGAAAAGAGAGUUCACACUUCUGACAGAGAAGGAGGUGUCCACGAUGUUAAUCCUGAAGAACUAUGAUCCAGACAAGUUCAACUUUGUGAAGUUCAACAGUGUUUUUGUCGACCACGAGUAUGUUUGUGUCGAGUACGAAUUGCUGGACCAGAGUCUGUUCGAUUUUGUGAUGAAGAGACCCACCCACUGUUUGUCUGUGAAGGAGAUUCGCCCAAUCUUGCAUCAGAUGGCCACAGCUUUGGAGUUACUGUGCAGGAUAGACAUUGUCCACACAGAUCUGAAGUCAGACAACAUCAUGAUGGUGGACCACAUCAACGAGCCAUUCAGGGUCAAAUUGAUUGACUUCGGCUUGGCCUGUUGUGUUGCAGAUAUAGAAUCGAACACGCCGUACAUCCAGCCACUUGCCUACAGGGCUCCAGAGAGCAUGCUGGGACUUCCAUUAACACCAGCCACUGACAUCUGGUCUCUGGGCUGCAUUGCUGCAGAGCUGUUCCUGGGGUCGCAACUUUACCCUGGAAACUGUGAAUAUGACAUGUUACAACUUAUCACCCAGACUCAGUGUCAGAUACCGGAGCGACUGCUCAAAGUUGCACAGGACACCAGAUGGUUUUUCAGUAAAAGGAAGGAAGGUGGAGCGAGAAAACGAUGGAUCCUGAAGAGCCCGGAGGAAAUGGGAGUCAGAACCAGGAUCAAGAGCCAAUUCCAAUCCCUGGACAGCCUCAUCAGUGUCAGACCAGUCUGCCAUUUAUCGGAGGAGGACACCAUGGCAGAACUUGAAGACAGACAAUUAUUUGCAAAUCUACUAAAGAGGAUGCUGCGUCUGGACUAUGGCAACCGCAUAACACCCAGCCAGAUAUUUCAAGAUCCCUUCAUGACAAUGAACUACAUUGAAGAGAAAUACCCCGACAGCUUCUAUGUGAAAUUGAGCUUUGAGCUGAUGGAAGUCUGUCGGACGAAGCCAGUUCAGCCAGUGCAGCCACCAUGGUCGAACCUACAAGCAUCUACCAGCCUGGGCGAGUGCAACACCUCCAACUCGGUCAUUCCUGCUUGGCACUUCCACCGAGAGCAUCCUUUUGUACAGCAGUUGGCAUUUGAUUUUUCAAAUUCCCUUUUGUUGGAUGACCACAUGCCACGAUGUCAGCAAUCGGGCUCACAGAGUGCUCAUCCAAGGAAGAGAAAGGACAGAAGUCCAGACACUGAUUUACCAGCUUUGAAGAGGAUGAAGCUGGACUGCAUUGAGGAGAACACACAAAUAUUGUUGCUUCCAGACACUCCAGCUGGGGAUACUUCGAACCUUGACCAUAAUCCUAGGAAGAGAACGACCAGCAGUGAAGACAUUGGUUUACCAGAAGAGAAGACAGGGAGGAUCUACGAGCCUGAGGUGGACACACAAACUGUGUUGCUUCCAGACACUCCAGCUGAGGCUACAUCCAGAAGUGAUUAUAAUCCUAGGAAGAGAAAGACCAGGACACAAGACAUUUGUUUACCAGAUGCGAAGAGGAGGAGGAUCUACGAGCCUGAGGUGGACACUCAAACUGUGUUGCCCCCAAAUGCUCCAGCUGAGGAUACUUCAAGCUUUGACCAUAAUCCUAGGAAGAGAAAGACCAGGACUGAAGACAUUUGUUUACCAGAUGCGAAGAGGAGGAGGAUCUACGAGCCUGAGGUGGACACUCAAACCGAUUUACUCCAAAAUGUUCCAGCUGUCGCUUCAUGCAGCUACCACAAACCUAUGGAAAGAAAUACACAAAACAAGAGGAGGAAGCAGUUGAAGAAGAAAAUGAGGAAGAAGCCAAGGAGAAUAGUUGAGGAGACAGAAACAGAGACUCUCCCCAACUAUCCCCAGGGUUCAUGGACUGUUGACACAUGGCCAGAAUGCUCAUUUCAAAGAUCCAAGAGAGACAGGAAACGGCAUCAUCUCGACAAACCAAAGAAAAGCGAAAAGAAGAGAAGACGGGAAAAAAGAGUUACAUGGAAAGGGCUUUCUGGAACGUCCCCAACUGAGCAGACAGAAACACCUACAAAGAGAGACUGAUGGGAGGCUUUCUGAAACUACCAACGUACCAUACACGUCGCAAAACACACGCCAAUAUGCCCUACACAUAAAAAACCGCUAGUGUGUUCAAAGUGCCGACAGUAUCAAAGUAUGCAUGAUGCGGUAUGCAUUUUGCGGAUUCCAUAUCAUGAGUCAUGACAGCACAUGUCCAAAGGCUGUCUUAUCAGCUGCCCAUCGUGAGGGGGUGCACACCUGUAGCGGGAACGCGCAUUAAGGACAGGAGCGCAACGACCGGAGUACGAGAAGUUCGUGACGGAGGAUAAAUUAGCAGCGACACGUGAAG